AUGGAGCAAUCAUUCCCAAUCACACCAGAGGACCUGUACAACCUUCAGAUGGAGGUCAAACAAGUUCAAUAUGCCCAGUCAAGUCACGCCGAGAGGAUUUCGAGACUGGAGAAGCGUCAAACGGAUGAUUUAGCGCUCAAGUCUGUUUGGAAUUCGCCAUUUCCAGGAGUUCUUGCAGGCACUCCUCAGCAAGGACCUGUUCAAAUUCCUCACAAUGACGUAUUUGACGACUCUGAUGAGCAGGGCGAGCAACUUCUGGGAUCGUUACAUCUAGGACCUGCAGAAGAAGAACCUGUCCGUCGUGGCGCUGCAUCUAGAGCUAAUAGUGUCCGAUUUGACGAGAGUGCAUUGCACGGUUCUGGUUGGAGCGGUGCGCAGAGCAACCGCCACUCAGGAGACUUUGGCUCGCGCCCGGCAAGUGGCAUCUUCAUGGAAAGAACCUCAUCACACAAAUCCGAUGGGCGUCACAGCUCGGCAGGACAUUCAAUUCACUCACAUCAUUCUGUCGCGUCUGGUCGCGCAAGCAGCGUAGGUCGAGACACUGCAGACGACGAUGACACGUCUUCAUUCGGCAUUCCAGAGCCUCCAAUUUCUCUUUUUGUGCUAGGCUCUGUUCCAUCUAUAAUAAGAUGCUGGCUGACGACAAAUUUUGCCCACCGAACACUGCUCUACGCAGACGUUUGCAGCGGAUCCCAAAGAUCGACAAUUUCGUACUCAUUACUCGAGGAACUUGAUCUUGCCGAAGAGGUUGAAAAGGAUGUCGACGGAAUAUGUCGCGCUCGCCUCCAGGUCUACUUUGCAGAGGCCGUUGUGACUAGGCGUGGUCGCAGCUCAGAGGGGUCCGAAGGGCUAGUACCAUCGAUGUCCGUUGCUUUUGAGGUCGUUGGGUCAAGCCAGUCAAAUCCUAUAGGAGAACGAAAGCCUAUUCGCGUUUUCAUCGGCAGUGAUGCCCUGAGAGCGCAUUGUGCAGACAUAUUGUUUUCCAAAAAUACCAUGGUACUAUAUGGAAACGAUCGCGAUAGGCUACGUGUCCCAUUCGUACGGCCUGAAGAUGACGAGGUGUUUCGACAUAUUAACACCGCCAAUGCGCCACCCGAAAAACAAAAGUUGAAUGCUACCGCAGCACCCUUUGUUCUUGCGGAGAAGGCUGAUAAAAACGGCCAAGAAGCGCGUCAUCGUCCACGACGGACGCUCGGCGAUGAUGCCGAUGUUCCAGAGCCAACGUCACCAACCACUGUGCACACAAGGGGAAGGAGACGUGGCAGUACGAGAUCUCGUCGCAGUACAAACGAAGCUAAACAGCCGCGUGACUCAAGUCAUGGAGGUGCUUUGUCUGGCAAGGAAGAUGCCACUGGCUCCGAGUCCUCGAGACGAGAAUCCUCUGCUGGCAUUUGGGGUUCGUGGCGACAUGGAGCGAGUGGCGGCAAUGAUAAAGACGCUGCCUCGAUCAGUGGAUACCAGCCAGCGCCAGCGAGAGGCUCUCGUGGCAUGAAGACUCUGAAAUCAGGAAAGUCUAAUUCAUCUGCCAAAACUGGCGCCGCCUACGAAGCACCCCUUCCUUCGCGAUCUGACGGGCGACGAAAGAGCCAGGUCAGCGUGGGCGGCGAAAGCAUCAAUGGGAGCAACAAGAAAGACACCAAGCGAUCUGUUAGCGCGACUAGCGAUGUCCAAUCUCAAGCGUCAACGCGCGACAAGAGCGCUGCACCGCCUGGUUCUCGUGGGGUUAACCCAGUCGGUGUGGCGUCUGCUUUUUCGUGGAUGACGCCUGGUAGUAAGCCUAAAGGUUAG